UUUGGACAGUCUGAGGUAUCCGCUAAAGUUGUUAUGCUUAUUUUAUAAAUUUGUGGGGAGACUACCUAUCAAAUGAUGACAAUGGUAUUGAUAAGGAUAAUGAUGUUUGCGUUAUUAUUUGUAGUCAGACACGUGGCGUACACUGCAGUGUGUAUUUUAGUGUGGACAAGCCCCGCGUCUCCAUUUUGGGACUCAACAGUUCGUCCCCCACACUUUCCUCAUUGGCUGCUGUACAAGUUUGUCCUAUUCGGUGGCCGACGACGAACAUUUGGUCCAAAACACACGAGUCUACAUGUGGUCCGAAACUCAGCGUCUUGUAUCCUAACAAGAGUUUAGAAAAGAACGGAAAAGUGAAGACGACGACGACGACAUCAGCAUUUGGACCAAGCUGUCAAUCAUGACAGAGAAACCCUCAUUGAAUGGCGGCGAGGACAGGCAGUGGCUGGGCGACGGUCAGUCCGAGUCAGAAAUCGCACUCAGUUCUGACGAGAAUAAUGCCGACAAUGGCCGGCCGGCUUGGGACUCCAAGAUCCAGUAUGUGUUGGCCCAGGUGGGCUUCAGUGUGGGCUUGGGGAACGUGUGGAGAUUCCCCUACCUUUGUCACAAGAAUGGAGGAGGGGCCUUCAUGCUGUUGUAUGUUUUUCUUCUUCUGGUGGUUGGCGUUCCGCUCUUCUUCAUGGAGUUGGCAGCCGGCCAGAGCAUUCGGCAGGGAAGCAUCGGCGUCUGGAAGCAUAUCUCCCCCAAACUGGCUGGCAUCGGCUACUCCAGCUGCUUGGUGUGCUUUUAUGUGGCUCUUUACUACAAUGUGAUUAUUGCAUGGAGCCUUUUCUACAUGGGAAACUCCUUCCAAUAUCCUUUGCCUUGGCAUCACUGUCCCAUUGACGUGGCCACCAAUAACACAGUGGAAGAAUGUGCACAAAGUUCGCCAACAUCCUUUUUCUGGUUUCGGAAAGCUCUGAACAUCUCUAAUUCCAUCGAAGAAUCGGGAGAGUUCAAUUCCAUUAUGACGGGAUGUUUAUUGGCUGCAUGGACCAUCGUUUCCCUAGCCAUGAUUAAGGGGAUCAAGUCGUCUGCAAAGGUGAUGUACUUCUCCUCAGUGUUUCCCUACGUGGUGCUCUUCAUUUUCCUCAUCAGAGGGUUGAUGUUAGAUGGAGCAGUAGAGGGAAUCACAUAUAUGUUCUAUCCCAGAUUGGAGAUUUGGGGGAACAUGCAAGUGUGGCGACAAGCUGCCACUCAAGUGUUUUUUGCCCUUGGACUGGGUUACGGCUCGGUCAUCGCGUAUUCUUCUUACAAUCCGGUCCAAAACAACUGCCACAGGGAUGCUUUGAUGGUCUCGGGCAUCAACUUCAUGACGUCCGUGUUGGCCUCACUUGUGGUUUUCGUCAUCUUGGGUUUUCGAGCCAAGAACAUCGCAAAGGACUGCGUGGCUGGAAAUCUCGGCCUACUCAGCGCCAUGGCGACCCAGGGACAGGACCAACACUGGUGGCCUUGGUUCAACAUGACAGAUCCAAGCUCUGUGCUUGUAGAAGACUACAGAGAGUGGUACAGCCACUAUGGCGCAAUGCUGAGUCAGAACAUCACCGACUGUAGUUUGGAGGACGAGAUGAACAAGGGAGUGGAGGGGACAGGACUGGCCUUCAUAGCGUUCACUGAGGUGAUGGCUCUCUUCCCAGCCAGCCCUUUUUGGUCUACCUUGUUUUUCCUAAUGCUGCUCAACCUGGGCCUCAGCACCAUGUUUGGGACCAUGCAGGGAAUCCUUACACCUCUCAUGGACAAUUUCAAGCUGCUGGGACGCCACCGCACUUUGCUCACAGUGUGCAGCUGCGCUCUGGGCUUCCUGAUAGGACUUCUAUUCACUCAGCGCUCAGGCAACUAUUUUGUGGCCAUGUUUGACGAUUACUCCGCCACGCUGCCGCUGAUCAUCGUUGUCAUUUUCGAAACCAUCAGUGUAUCCUGGGUCUAUGGUACAGAUCGUUUUCUGGAUGAUAUUGAAGACAUGCUUAAAUGGCGCCCUCCAGUGGUAUACAAAUAUCUUUGGAAGUAUGUGUGCUUGCUGGCCAUGAUCGGACUUUUGACUGCCAGUUUGUUAAGAAUGGUCUUUAAAAGGCCCACAUACACAGCCUGGAAUCAAAGCACGGGCUCUGAGAUGACGUUGGAGUAUCCCAGCUGGGCGCUGGCAAUGAUCGUGCUGCUUAUACUCUUUGCCAGCCUGCCGGUGCCAAUAGGCUACAUCCAUGCCACCCUGCAGCACCGCUGGCUGCCCAACACCCACGCCGAGGAGGCGGGCGGUCAGGAUGUGCGCCGCGACUUGUACACCAAGUGCAGCUCUGCCGAGCAGCUGGAAUCCAACUCCCACCAAGUUACCCCCGAGGAAGAUGGCAUUCGUUCCAGGACGACCUUCCUGCCGGUGGGCAGCGAACAUUAUCACCUCUUGUCCCAACAGGAGGAAGAGGAGGAGCAGGACACCGGGGUGUGAGGGAGCCUUUUCAGAGGAUUGAAAGCAUUUUGAAUGUGGGUCCUAAACGAGGGAUGGGACGGUCAAAGAAGGACACAUUUAGUCUGUUUUAUUGAAUAACACCAGCAAUCAUGUAGCAAUACUAGCAAGUGUGCUGUUACAUUCUAAAAAAAACAAACAUGGCUUGUAGAAAAAUGUCCUCCUCAUUUGAAUGUCUUUGUGCUUGUGAGGUCCACAUUUUGUACACAUGUUUGUGUCUCUGCCGUGAUGUAACACUAAGACCGCCCUCAAGGCUUAAGAGCUGAGCAGAGCUGUAGUGCAGUUGGACGCACUCUUUUUCAUGGACAUUUUAGCUCUUCCUCUUGAGGUGCCACACCCUAGUUGGGAGUGAAGAGGAGCCCAGUCUGCUGCUCCUAAGCUUAAAGAUUGAAAUCCAUUCUACAACUCAAACUCAGGUUGUAGUUUUCAGGGUGAAAUGUAGAAACGCCUGCAUGUCGCAUCUAACUGCUCCUGCAGGGUGAGCAGUAACUAUACCCAAAACUGGCUGCCCUGAACAAGUUUGUUUUAGAGGGCAGUUAAAUGUGCUGUGAUUCUCAAUCCUUGGUGUAUUUGAGACUCCUUAGCACAUGUUAAAACACCUGGAAACUGAUUUUUGAAUUUGCCGGGGGAAAAAAAUAUGCAUGAACUGUCUCCUAUUUUAAAUUAACUUUCGAUUUCAGGAAAGUUUUGAUGGACCCUCACCUGCUUAUGUGGCAGUUUUAUAUCACAAAGAAUGCGUGCGUGACAUCCUUUUAGAUAUACUCACAUGUGUAUUCCUUAUAUUUUACCUCAUGUUGAUAGUGAUGCUGUUGAGGAUUUUAUUAAAUGUUCUUGCUGGCAGCCUUUAAAUUGAA